AGCAGGAAAAAAUUCCUAAAAGCCGAAAAUUGCCCACUAUUUCGAGCGGUGACAUCGUCCAGUUUCGAAUUUCAAGGUUUCGACUUCUACAUCGCAAUUCCUUGUCAAUGAUCAAUACUUACUUAUUGGUACAAUCAUGGCUGACUGGGCGGGGUGGGUAUCCGUAGCCCUAUGGACCGCGCUGGUGGCUCUUAUUAUGUACUUAUUCCGAGUGAAUCAACUUUUAAGCGAGACGCCGGAUGAGGUCCGAAAGCUGUCGGGUUCGCGCUGGACGCCGAACCAACUCGAGGCAACUUACAAGAGGUUGCAAGACAAUCCAAUUGACUAUACUGACAAGCUUCCCCCAAAACUAGAGCGUCGGUACGUUGUCAUAGGCGGCUCGGGACUCGUUGGCGGCUUCAUUGUGCUGCAACUUUUGGCCCGGGGCAACCCACCUGAAAGUAUCCGCAUCGUUGAUAUUCGGAAGACGGAGCGGAAUGAUAUGCGCAUAAGCCCAGCCACCGACGUUGAGUUCGUGAAGACGGAUAUCACAUCACCCGAUUCAGUUGAAGCUGCCUUUGCACUUCCGUGGCAUCCGAGCGUAGCCCACCUUCCACUGACGGUAUUCCACACCGCAGCUGUUAUCUUGGCCUCGGAGCGAUCCAAGUUCCAGUACGCCUUCCCAGAAGCCGUCAACGUGACAGGGACAAAAAACGUGUUGGCAGCCGCUCGCAAAGCCGGUGCGGAUAUCUUCAGCUCCACGUCAUCCGGGUCCAUUUCUAUCAAGCCUGUUGAGCCGUUUGUAGCGCCAUGGGAAUGUUCUCCGCGGCAUUUCUGGCAGGUCUUGGAUGUGACAGAUUUCUCUUUACCUCUAAGGGAACGCGACCAGUACUUUGCCAAUUAUCCUGCGUCGAAGGCGGUCGCGGAGAGAUUUGUCUGCGGUGAGAACGGCGAAAACUUCCGCACUGGAUGUAUACGGCCUGCAAACGGUGUCUAUGGGAAUCCGACGGAUAAUACUGUCGGGGACCCUUUAGCUAGAACGGUCUUACCAACUUGGGUUCCCCAUAUUGUGCAGAGUUUCGUGCACGGCGCAAAUGUCGCAAUCGCUCAUCUUCAUCAUGAGGCUGUGCUCGUUCGGCCCUGGCCAGAAAGCAUGAAACACGCGGGUCGACCAUUCGUGGUAACGGAUCCCAACCCUCCAAUCACGUAUAGCGAUCUGUAUACCGCGAUUGGGACAUUAUCCGUGCAUCCAUUCCACACGAUAAACGUACCUCCCAUCUUGAUUCUCCUGCUCGCUCAUGCGAUCGAGAUGUACGGUGAUCUGCCUUACAAGUAUCCCUUCCUGGGCAAGGUAUUACCCAAGCUUCAAGGCGAUAUAAGACACCUGAAGCCAGGCAUUAUGUCAAUAUGCACGCAUUUGGUGGCAUCGAACAACGAAGCCGGGAAACCAGUCUCUCAGGGUGGCCUGGGGUACUCCGGCGUGCUUACGACGCUCGAGGGUAUGACGCUUGAGAUACUAGAAUGGAACAGGGAACACGUGAAUGAUGUCAAGACGAGAAAAGCGUACACGACAUCGAUCUCGCUGGCUGAGCAAAUCCAGAAGCUAUGGGCUGUGGGAGGGAGUUCAGACGAUAGUUGACGAUAUUCCAAGAACCAGGUAAUUCGAGCAAUGGUUUAUGCAAACAAUGCGUGACCGUCGUUUGCAUAUAGAAACCUAGAAA